UCCUGUGAAGUAUACGUAUUUUGAAUCUCCUUCAUGGGUGAUUGAUUGGACUUCGUUUCCUUGGGGCCGGAUAAGUGAGGAUUUUACAUGGAUGUCCAUCUUCCGUGACUCAGACGCUUGCAAGGGCUUAAGUGUUGGUAAAGAUAAUAUUUCGGUUCGGGGUGACACUUUGCAGGUCAGAGGUUUAUUCGUGGAUUAUAUCUCUGACUGUGUCAAGCUCAGGGAACCGAAAACGCUUGAUACUGCUCAUAACCCGGACUUGGAAACUAUGAGUAGAAUCGUUAGUGAGCGAUUCUCGCCGACCGAUCGUUACACGACAGAAAGAACCCUCACGUGGAGUGAAGCUUGGCUGAGAGUUCUUGUAGCGAACAUGCGUGUGGAAGGAGCAGUAAAAGACAGAAGAAACGUGGUUUUUCUCCCCCGAAAUCGCGGCCACUCCAAAUUCUGGACAAACAAUCUUUUCGACAUGAACGGUGCAGCUAUUAGAGAAAGCCUUCCAAACAUGGAUCCGAUUUAUUCCUCCAUGUUUGCUGAAACCAUGAGGGAUAUGGUUUGGUCACACAAUUCCAUGUUUUUGACUGAGCAAGGAUAUAUUGGCAUAGCUAAGGGCGGAUGCACUGACUAUAGAGUUUGCGCUGAGUACAAUCCAACGCUCAGAUUCGAUCCAGAACAUCCGGAUGUCAAACACAGCAUCUUCAUUGUAGCAGGAGGCAAUACCCCCUUUGUACUUCGCGAAACGAAGCCAUCGUCAGAAGAAGAUGGAGGAGUUGGGACGCCGACUUACAAGCUCGUAGGCCCUUGCUAUCUACAUGGUUUCAUGGAGGGAGAGCACACCUACGAGCUACUGAGACAAGCAGGACGUCUCACAACCAUUCACAUAGUCUAGUGGAGAUACUAAACUACACCUUUUACACCGGAUAUGAUAGAGUAGAAAGUAGGUAAUUCUCGGGAAAACCUCAACAGACUCCUGACUUAGAAUUCUUACCAGAUGACAGCUGGUUGACAGGUUCCCCAAAGCCACUCUCUGCAGCCCAUGUUCAACAAAGUCAUCGUCAUGUUUUGACUUUUGUCCCUUGCAUAGAGCAGACGUUCCAUGACAGCUGUUCAUCUUGUGGCGCCGCUCCUUGUAGCGAUUGGCGAUGACAUGUGAGGUAUGACACCGAAGACAUACAUAUUCCCGCGCUGCCAAUCUGGCAAUGGAAGUAGUACAUGUUUCUCGCUUCUCAGUAUACGGAAAACGUGAAUAUUGCGGGAAGCCGUGUGGCUGUUGCCUAUUUUCAGUCAUACUCGUGUGACGCAUACACCC